AUGUCUCCUGCCAACACUAACCAAAACUUGAAAACCACCUUGUGCUUUGCUAUCCAAGACAAGAUUGGCGGUCUCGAAAGCUGCUUAGCUGCCAUCAAAGCCAUGGACAUUUCUCUUACUCGUAUCGAGUCUCGUCCUAGCCGUACCAAGGAAUGGGAUUAUGAUUUCUUUGUUGAUUUCGAUGCCAAGGAUGCCAACCAAGUAAGCAACGUCGUCGAGGGCCUCCGCAAGCAUACCAAGGAUGUCCGUGUGAUUGGCUCUGAUAGUACCACUGGGGACAGCGUCCCAUGGUUCCCACGCAAGUUGACAGAUUUGGAUACAUUUGCAGAGAAGGUAAUGGAAAUGGGCGAAGAACUCAGCUCUGACCAUCCCGGUGCUCAUGACCCUGUUUACCGUGCUCGUCGUGCUGAAAUCACUCGUAUUGCAAAGACUUACCGCACUGGUCAAGCCGUUCCUGAGAUCGAAUAUACCGACGAGGAAAACGAAACCUGGGGUAAGGUCUUCCGCGGAUUGACUGCCAUGUACCCCACGCAUGCCUGUCGUGAGCAUCAAUACGUUUUGCCUCUUUUGAUCCAAAACUGUGGCUACAAUGACAAGAAGAUUCCUCAAAUCGAGCAAAUCUCUCGCUUCUUGAAGGACUGCACUGGCUUCACUAUUCGCCCUGUCAUGGGCUUGCUGUCCAGCCGUGAUUUCUUGAACUCAUUUGCUUUCAGAAUCUUCUACUCGACUCAAUACAUCAGACACUCUUCCAAGCCAUUCUACACUCCCGAGCCCGAUGUUUGCCAUGAAUUGUUGGGUCACGUUCCACUGUUUGCUGAUCCCGAUUUUGCUGAUUUCUCACAAGAAAUUGGUUUAGCAUCUCUUGGUGCCUCAGAUGAAGAUAUUGCUAAAUUGGCUACUAUCUUUUGGUUUACAGUGGAGUUUGGUUUAUGUCGUCAGGAUGGAGAGAUAAAGGCUUAUGGCGCUGGCUUAUUAAGUUCAUUUGGUGAGCUUGAGUAUGCACUAUCGGAUAAACCUGAACUUAGACCAUUCGACCCCUCCAAGACUGCCGUUCAGAAAUACCCCAUCACAGAAUUCCAGCCCACCUAUUUUGUCGCAGAGUCAUUCAAGGAUGCACAGGAGAAAGUGAGAGAUUUUGCAGCCAAAAUGAACCGACCUUUCUCUGUGAGAUAUAACGCACUUACACAGACAAUCGAGGUGCUGGAUAACAAGGAAAAGGUUGUUCGAUUUGCAAAGAGCAUAAGAGAUGAUAUGAAGACAUUAGCAACUGUACUGGAGAGUCUUGCUUAA